AUGAUGUCGCGUCUGCCGCGUCAGUACGAUGUGUUCGAGGUCUCACAGAAAUACCCCGUACAGUACUACAACAGUAUGAACACUGUGCUCAAACAGGAGCUGAUCCGGUACAACCGGUUGCUAGCAGUGGUUCGACGUACACUGCACGGUGUGCACAUGGCGGCGCAAGGCCUGGCCAUCAUGAGCGCUGAACUGGAAGAGUGCAACAACGCCUUCGUAAAGGGUAUAGUGCCUGGCGCCUGGAAGUCGAAGUCUUAUCCCUCUAUGAAAUCCUUAGGGUCGUACGUCGCCGACUUUUUGUCGAGGUUAAAAUUCCUACAAGACUGGAUAGACGAAGGCCCCCCUCUCGUGUUCUGGAUCUCGGGCUUCUACUUCACGCAAUCAUUCCUAACGGGAGUGCUGCAGAACUAUUCGCGCCAUAACAAAAUACCGAUCGACCAAGUUCACUUCGAAUUCACCAUCACCAGCAUGGAGGCCGAGUGUGAUGAGCCACCGGAAUUCGGAGUGUAUUGUAAGGGCUUAUUCUUGGAAGGAGCAAGGUGGAAUCGUGAAAUAAUGCAAUUAGAUGAGUCAUAUGCCAAGAUUCUAUUUGACACCAUUCCUAUAAUAUGGUUCAAACCUGCAUUGAUAUCCAACUUCAACCCUCCUCCGAGUUACUUCUGUCCAAUUUACAAGACUAGUGAAAGGAAAGGUGUUUUAGCAACCACCGGUCACUCGAGUAACUUUGUUAUGUACAUCACUCUUAGGUCUGAUAUACCACAGAAACACUGGAUAAAUCGUGGUGUAGCCAGUUUGACCCAACUUGAUGAUUAA